AUGGCCUUUCUUGGUCCACUGUUAAUGCUGUUGCCUGUCGCACGGACCUGCUCUCCCCAAAAAGCAGACUAUGUUAUGGUGUCAUGUUUCCCCAACGCCAUCAUUGCCAAUGUCCCAGAGUGUCCCUACGGCUGGGAGAUUGACCAGUUAUCCCUGGGUGGUGUCUGUUACACAGGAAUACACAGCCCGGGAUACUACCGCUUCAUCAUCCCAGACCUAACGCCGAAAAACCACUCGUACUGCGGCACACAGUCUGAGUACAUGCCCGGCAAAGACCCCAAGUACGUCUUCUAUAGCUCCAUUGUGUCCAACGACACUUUGCUCACGGUCAGAAACCAGCCGGUCAACUACACCUUCAGCUGCAUGUACCGGGCAGCCUACCUUGUAAAUAACGCAGUCUUCAGCCAAAGAGUGGCUACAGUUUUUGUCAACAACGGGAGUUUAGGCUCUUUUAGAUCACAGUUGUCUAUGAACGUGUUCACGAAUUCAAAGUUCCUGUAUGCCAAGGAUGCUCCCUAUGUGAUUGACACUUCGGAGAUCGGCUCUGAAGUUUUCAUUGGGAUCGAGGCCAAAGGACUAAGUAACAGAUUCAAAGUUGUAAUAAACAACUGCUGGGCCACUCCUACUCCUUACUCAACAGACAGGAAGAGGUGGAGUCUCAUCAUUAACAGCUGCUCCUCUGACAACACUGUGAUUAUUUUUGAGAACGCCAAAGACAGCCGCUCCAUGUUCAAGUUCAACUCUUUCCGCUUCCAGCGACUGGAGAAGGUGUCGACCGUCUGGCUUCACUGUGAGGUCCAGGUGUGUGAUGGAGAGAGGCUUGUCUGUCAGCCAAGCCCCUGCUCUGUGAGAAGUCUGUCAUCUGAGGCAGAUCCAAGUGGGGGGAUCCUUACUGCUGAGUUUCACAUUAAAGGCACCUCACUGUUCAUCCUGCUGGUGGUCCUGAUAAACGCAUGUUGUGAUUUAGUAAAUGGAUCAAGAAUGUAG